UUUGUUUUUUAAACAAUAUUUCAUAUGAAUAAAUAAGUUUGCUAUUUUUGUGUCGUCACCUGAACGCACCAUCACCAAAGCGCGGUGUACGACUGACCGAUCUGACCAAUCAGUGUGGAAUAUAGGAAGAAUCAGCCAAUAAACGCCGGCAUGACUUUUUGUUGGCCAAUCACCUUUAAGGAUGUUCCCAUUGCCUCCUUGCUGCAAUGGGAAAUGAAUGACAGACUAGCCGUUAGCCAUACAAAUAAUACAUAAGCAGAGUUUUCUUUUUACACUCAACACCAAGAAAGCAGAGUAAUAAGCGUUUGGAACGGGACGCUCGUGAAUUCAACCGCAGAAUCGCUAAUUGAUUGACCAGUGAUGCUAACAACAACCGUUAGCAUGUGCUAGCAUGCAGAAGGACUAUCGAGUCUGCCUGUACAAUGAGCCGACAACAGCCAACAACUUGAAGGCUGGAGGAGUAAGUGCCACCAUGUACCCGCGCCCUCAACAUCCCAUCAAGUCCGGCUGCAGCACCAGCUCCAGCAUCACAGAGCUGCUGACCGCCCUGUGUGACAGCAGCCUGGCCGGGGUGUCGUGGAAGCGUCGGGCCCUUGGAGGCGUCUCAAGAGAAGCCUUCCACAAAGCUCUGAAGAAGCGAGCCUAUGGCACCCUGCUGUCCAAGCUUUUCCAGUAUGGCGUCAAAGCGCCCGCGACCCCUGGGCUCAGCUCUCCUCCGAGGAACAGAGUCCUGAUGAUAUGCUUUGACCUGAGAGUAGCGGGUUGCCGGGAGGAGGCCGAGAGGCUGGAGGAGCUGCUGGAGACGCUUCCGGAGGGAGCCGCCUCUGGCCUGAGCGAGCUAGAUUCCGUCCUUGAGCUCCUGGUGCACCUGGCCGGCUCCUCGCCCCCGCCGCCGCCCAGCUUCAGCCGGGACUACAUGAGGCGGGAGCGGCCCGUGCUGCGGAGACCCGCACCCUGGCCUUACCAGAGCACGGAGCUGCAGAGGCUGGAGGCCCGCGCCUGGGGGCUCGUCUGCGGGGAGGAGUGGGCGUCCGUGGAGCACUUGUGCGGAACUCGGAGGUUGAUGGAAGCUCAGCCAGGUGCAGGCUUGAUGGCUGUCAAGACUAAAAUGGACACGGAGGAGAGAUUUGAGAAAGAGACCAGGUUAACCUUGUUUGGAGCCUUGCAGCACACUCGAACCUCAGACCUGGACAUCAGACUGGACCUUCCUCCUGUGCCCAGCAACGUUGAUGUAACUGGGCUGACCAUCAGGGUUCCGCCGUGUCUGGAUCAGUCUGACGAUGAAGGCUUCCAGUCGGCCUCCAACCUGACGCCAGACUCUCAGUCGGAGGCCAGCCCCGGUCCAGAGGUGGAUGUGUGGGAAGCUCUGCGAACGUUCGAGCCCGGCGUGCGUUGCUGCUGGGAGUCCGUCGGCUGGCCGCCCGGCAGGAGAGAGUCCUUGUACCUGAGCGAGAGCGGCAGAGAGGCCUUCGACCAGCUGUACCGCCUGUGGGAAGGCGAAAUGAGGGUGGUCGGCGGCAGCGUGCCCUCCCCGCUCCUCCCGUUGCCCGUCGACACUCAAGGCGAGCUCGUGGGCGACCUCCUGAACGUGCUGAUCGGCGUGGCGUCCACCACCUUUCCUCUCAACCAGAGUGUUCAGUUCGACGUGCGCCCCGGCGUGUGCGUGUCAGGAGCCUCUCCGGAAAGCGUGUCUCGUCUUUUGGGCGAGCUGGCCCAGUAUGGCACCUACUACCUGAGGCUGAGCCGCUUCUCGCUGCAGAGUCCUGAAAAGAAGGGCCUGGUCUUUCAGGCUUUCACGGGAGGUCUGAGGAAGUACUUGCAUUACUACAGAGCGUGUGUUCUCAGCACGCCUCCCAGACUCAGCCUGCUAACCAUUGGCUUCCUCUUCCGCAAGGUCGGCCAACAACUCAGGUAUCUGUCAGAACUGUGCCGUGUGGACGGGCCUCUGGGUGGCGACCGGGCUGCCUUCCCCGUGGGUGUGAAGCUGCUUUCCCACCUGUACAACGAAGCCCAGAACAACUGCAGCAACGAGAACUACCCAGUGCUGCUCUCCCUCCUCAAAAGCAGCUGCGAGCCCUACACCAGGUUCGUGUCCGAUUGGGUGUACAGUGGCGUGUUUCGAGACGUUUAUGGCGAGUUCAUGAUCCAAGUCAACGAAGAGUACCUCGGCUUCAGAGACAAACACUUCUGGGUCCAUGGAUACACUUUGAUCUCGAAAGACGUGGAGGAGUGCGUGCCCAUUUUCCUCAGGCACAUCGCCAACGACGUGUACGUCUGCGGGAAAACCAUCAACCUCCUGAAAAUAUGCUGCCCUCAGCACUACAUCUGCUUGUCGGAGCUUCCAGUGCCACGGAUCGCCGUCACCUUCUCCCUGCAGGAGGUGGAGGGCAUCGAGAGGGACUGCGCCAUGUACCGGGGCCGCAUGGAGAGGAUCGCCAAGCACAGUGCAGUCAGCCGGGAGGUGCAGGCCCAGCGAGUGGAGGAGGCGCGCCAGGAGCUGAUCAAUCAGGUCAGAGCGUCUGCAGCCAAAACCUUGGAGAGCAUUCGUGGGCGCCAGGUGUCGCAGCGUCUGGCUGAGGAGGCCAGGAAGAGGGAGCGCUUCCGGGAGCUCAAGCAGCAUCUGGAACAGGAGCAGGAGUGGCGCAGCGCGGCCAAAAAGAAGCAAGAGGAAGACGACUUCAGCUUUGCCAGAGAACUGCGGGACCGGGAGAAGAGGCUUCAAGCGCUGGAGGAGCAACUGGAGCAGAGAGCCAGGAAGGAGCUGAUCGCCCAGUACAGCCACCUGUCCGAAGAGGCGGCUCGCAAGGAACGGCGGGCCUUGUGGAGGGCGCAGAGAACGAGACUCGACGAGGCUCGAUCUCACUUCUUCGAGAAUGACCGGCGAGAGUUGCGGGCCAUCCUGGAAAAGCAUCCUUUGGGCCAGGAGGGACGUCCAGCUUCACCACCUCAGCGCCCGUCAGCACUGGAAAUUCCCUCAGAGCCCCUGGUGGAAACAAAACCGGAGAAGCCCGAAGAAUCGGAAGAGUCUCAGACGGCGGAAGCUGCCGCCUUCAUCUCUGGCGACUUUCUCCCCGCGUCGCAAAACCCAGACGACGCCAAGCAGGACGAGAUGGGAGCGGACAUCCCUGAAGCGUGUCCCACCGCGCAGCUUCUAGACUACGACUUCAGCGCCCCCUUCAGUCCGCUGGAAGGCAUCGCCGGCCGCAAAUCUCUGGCCGGGCUCCGGCCCGCUUGCGGCUCCGCCGUGCUGCAGCCCGACGUGCUCCGCGAGCGGCCCUCCGUCUUCCGCUCCCCCGCGGGCGAGAACGUGCUUCCGAUCCACGGUCGCGUUUCCACGUCCAACUCGUCCCUCGGACCCGGCGCACCGGAGGAGCCUCCGAAUGCAUCCCGAACGAACGGGCCGCCUACUCAGGAUGCGACGCUGCUCGGGCAAGGCGACGCUUCCGCGCUCGUGGAGCAAGACAAAGUUGCGGAACCGCAAGAGGGCGCGGCAGUCAAAGGCAAAGACGGCGCUCAUGCUUUACCGCCAGAAAAACUCGGCGCUCUUUCUGAUUGUAAGACGCUUUGCGCUGUCGAGGCGCCUUCGAACCUGAACUCCGCUCGUUCCUCACGCUCUCCGACGGCGCAUCCCUCAUAUUCGCACAUCGAGAUCGGCGAGCAUGUCUCCGACGUCAAAGCGCCUCAACCUACCCCCAAUGUCCACGGCCACGCCUCCGACGCCAACAUCAAAGUGGGAGGAAACAUUUCGGAAUUCUUCUUGCCGCCCCCUGCGCGAAACCUCCACGGCCACGCCUCCGACGCCAACAUCAGAGUUGGAGAAAACGUGUCUGACUUUGUCGAUUCGCUUCCCGCGCGAAACCUCCACGGCCACGCCUCCGACGCCAACAUCAAAGUGGGAGGAAACGUUUCGGAAUUCUUCUUGUCGGUCCCCGCGCGAAACCUCCAUGGCCACGCCUCCGACGCCAACAUCAGAGUAGGAGGAAAUGUUUCGGAAUUCUUUUCGCCGGUCCCUGCGCGAAACCUCCACGGCCAUGCCUCCGACGCCAAGAUCAAAGUGGGAGAAAACGUGUCUGACUUUGUCGAUUCGCUUCCCGCGCGAAACCUCCACGGCCACGCCUCCGACGCCAACAUCAAAGUGGGCGAGUUUGUCUCCGACGUGUGCGAAGCCAAACCCCGAUGGAGUAAGCAUGGCCACGCCUCCGACUCCACCCUUCAGGUCGGCUGCGUGGUGUCCGGCUCGCCGCCCGUCUCCGCUCCGUCGCCCGCAAGCGCCCGAGGCCACGUCUCGGACUCCAGCUUGGGCGGCGGCUGCUGCGUUGUCACCCCCAGCAAGCCGCUUCCCUCCCCGCCGCCGGGCAGUCAAUACGGACACGCCUCCGAUUCCGCUCUGGGUGUGGGCUGCGUGGUGGUGGGCGCGGCUCCACCGGCCUCCGCGCCGGGAGGAGAACGGGGGAACCCGUCGCAUUCUUUGCCCGGAGCCCGAUUGGAGGCGGACACGAAAGUGGAUCGCAGCAAAGACGUCGCAGCCGGCGAGUCGGAGACGCACGAGGAGCAGGUGGGGAGCGCCGGCUUUGACUUGUCCCCCGGAGAGAAGUCUGAACGAGAAUACCUCCUGGCCUUGUCCGCUCAGUACCAGGUGGAGCACUACGAGGACCGCUACAGCCUCAUGGCGUCGUCCCCCGAGUGUCAGCUGCUCAAGCACGUCGCCCGGGGCCUGCCCGCCCUGCGCCACGCCGCCGACGCCACCUCGCCGCGGCUCAGCGAGAUGGUCUCCCUGCCGGUUCUGAUCAAACACUCGGUCACCGCCCCGCUCAUCACGCACGUGUCGCUGGUGAACAAGGCGGUGGUGGACUACUUCUUUGUGGAGCUGGGGGUGGAGCGCCACUUUGAAGCGCUGCGCCACUUCCUGUUGAUGGACGACGGCGAGUUUGCGCAGUCGCUCAGCGAUAGGCUGUUUGAAAAGAUGGCCAGCGGGCAGACCCCCGGCGAGCUGCUCACCCCGCUGGUGCUCAACUCCAUCCUCAGCAAGGCGCUGCAGUACAGCCUGCACGGCGACACGCCGCUGGCCGCCAACUUCACCUUUGCGCUGCGCUUCCUGCCCGACACCUUCCACCCGCACGCCCCCGACUCCCUCAACUGCCUGGAGCUGCGCUACAAGGUGGCCUGGCCGCUCAACAUCAUCAUCACCGACAGCUGCAUGAACAAGUACAACCGGCUGUUCUCCUUCCAGCUGCAGCUCAAGCACAUGGUGUGGAGCCUGCGCGACGUCUGGUUCCACCUCAAGAGGACGGCGGUGGUGAAAGGCGCCGGGCGCUCGGUGCAGUUCCGCCAGCUGCAGCUGUACCGACACGAGAUGCAGCACUUCGUCAAGGUCAUCCAAGGUUACAUCGCCAACCAGAUCCUGCAGGUGUCAUGGAGCGAAUUCACCGCCAAGAUGGCCACCGCCUGCGACCUGGACGCCAUCCAUCGCACGCACGCUGACUACCUCAACAGGGCCAUUUUCAGGGCUUUGCUGACGGAGAAGGCCGCUCCGGUGAUGAACAUCAUCCACAGCAUCUUCAGCCUCAUCCUGAAGUUCCGUGCUCAGCUGAUUGCACUGCCCUGGGCCAGCCAGCAGGGGGAGGCAGUGCACCCCAGCUUCAUCGCCAUGCAGCAGUCGUACAACACCUUCAAAUACUACUCGCACUUCCUCUUCAAAGUGGUGACCAAGCUAGUGAACAGAGGCUACCAGCCUCAUUUGGAAGACUUCCUCCUGCGCAUCAACUUCAACAACUACUACAAAGAUUCUUGAGCAACUUUACGGCGAAUGUACAAUGUAGCACAUGUACAGAUUGACUGGAACAGAUGUAAUUGAGAUGCCUCUGACUAUGUCAUCCUGCGUCUCAACAGUUUUAAGCAUUUUGUUCACAUAAACCACUAUAUUUGUAAAAAUCAAACAAAUAAAUCAA